GGCUUGGUAGCCAGGCAAUAGGGUACCAGGCAGGUAAAACAACCUUGGUACUACUACAUGAAAUUUGGCUAAGUAUAAAGCCAAAGGGGGUACCAAGCCGGCAAGUGAGGGCUUGGUACCAAGACAUGAAAAAACAUGAAUUUGGCUAAGUACGGAGCUAAGAGGGGGUACCAUGUCGGCAAGGCAACCUCGGUACCAAGACCCCCUACAUGGUACCAUGACCCCAAGGGGGUAUCAAGCCGCCAAGACUGACUUGGUGGCCAGGCAACAGGGGGCCAAGCUAGGUACCAACUAAGAGAGUCAUACAAAAACUAAGUCUGGAUAUCAAGCCGACAAGACGGACUUGAUAGCCAGAUAGGGAUGGCAAUGGGGCGGGUUUGCUUAAACCAUCCCCAUACCCAUCUUCAAAUACCCAAACCCAUACCCGCCCCAUACCCAUGUGGGGGAAUGUUUUGCAAACCCAUCCCCAUACCCGUGGGUUUCGGGUACCCAUGGGUAAUACCCAUGCCCGUACAUCCAACAUUAUUAUACCUAAAACUUACAAGAAAAGUUCUAAUUAUAACUCUAAACGAACAUAUUAUAUCAUGAAGUCAACAAAACACAGUCAUUUUUUUAAUAUGGUUCAAAGAUUAUGAUCCUAAAAUAUUCAUUAAUACAUAAUAUAGAGUACAAUAUUUUUCAAAUUAUUAUGUUCUAACUCUGAUUCAUCUACUAAAUAAUAAUUAACUAACAUAAUCUUGUUGACAAGGGGGAAAGUGAAAGAGUGAAAUGAGAAUUGAGAGAAAUGAAUUAGAUUUUGAUUAAGGUGGUCACUCAAUUGCAUUUCUACUAUUUAUUUUCUCAAGUUAUCCUCAUCAUCAUUGAUAGAUUAUAAUUUGAUGCACAUAUUUUUUUUUUAUAUAUGAAGAAAUUAUCUUGGUGGGGCGGGUAUGAGGUUGGGUAUGGGGCGGGGGAGGCUAAAACCAUACCCUCCCCAUACCCAUCAAACUUUUUGCGGGUUUUACCCAUACCCGUCCCAUACCCGGUCAAAGCGGGGAUUCCCCGCGUUGACUGGGUCGGGGGCGGUCGGAUACCCGCGACCAUGGGUUUAAUUGCCAUCCCUAUAGCCAGACAUCAGGGUAUCAAGCCAACAAGACAAGAAAUUUGACUAAGGCAUGGUGGCUAGCUGAGGUGGCCACCCGACUAGGUACCAAACAGCCGUGGAUGGCCCUUAUGGGGCCAUAUGGAGACAAAGUCCCAAUACGGGCUUGGUAGCAACUUAACGGGGUACCCAACCGACAGGGUGCAACUUACCAGCUUGACGAGGCUACAAAAACUAAGUAUGAAGACCAAGCCACCAGGGCUGGCUUGGUAGCAAUGGGUGUCAAGUUGAUUACAUGGGCUUGGUGGCAUGCCAGAAGGUAUCAAGGCGAUGAGAUGGCUUGGCAACAACCAACAAGUUAAUGAGGAGGACUUGGUGUCAUGAGGUGGUAGCGAUCUCAGGAGCGGGGAGUCAUCAAGCAGUUGAGGGUGAGAUCAAGACCUCAUCAUGGUUCAUAGAGGCUAAGGCAAGAGCCUCAACCCCAUCCAGUCAUGACUGGGUGACAAGGCUCAACACCAACCUGACCCGACAUCGAGGCCAUCAAGUACCCACUAGCCCCAAGAUGGGACAAGGACCCCAAGGCAACGAUUACCAACUAGUCACCAAGGAGGGACAAGCGACCUCGAGGCGGUUUGGUGCAAGAGGCUAGCUAGUAGUUACUACGGCGGUUACCAAGACAGUUACACCCAGUGGCUAUAAAUUGGAGAAACGAAGACGGGAAAAGGGUUCCACAACCAACCAUUUGAUGCACAAUGUCAGACUUUAUCCUUUUCUCUGCAAAUUAGCCAUAGCCUUAGUUUUCGGAGCUCUCACUGAACCUCUAUAGGAGUAGGAGUAAUUAACGUAGCUUGUUCCCAAAAAACCAUCAAUAACAUCAAACACCCUCGUUCGAACAUUAUUUGAAGAGGAGUGAACCGUGUAAUUAUCGUUCUUGAAGAAGUCAAAGGUGCAUUCAUUGUGUUCAAACACCAGAUUUUCCUCGCCGGAAAACACUCACAAAAGGAGUGAAAGCGCUAUUUGGGGAAAGAGCUUUACACGCCUUCAUCAUCUCUCAAAUACAACGUAGCAGAGGGAUAAUAAUAUUGAGUCUGCUCCAUAAUUUAUGUGCAAACUCACAAGCCCUAUGAUUUGGCAUGACAUUCCUCUGUGUUGAAAACUAUGGAUGGAAUCUAUUGCCUCCAAUGACGCUUUCCAAAUGAAACAACUUAUCUUGGUUGACACCUAUGGUACCGGAUUGUCAUAGCAGGGAAGUCUUCCAUAUUGUGAUACUUGUCAUUGAUAAGUAUCAACCAAUGGAGAUUUACAUCAGUUGACCAAGACCAAUGAAUUCUUCAUCAUAAGCCCCUAACACUUAGCAGAACUUAUGAGUCCCUAUACUCUCAUAAAUUGGCAUGUAGCAUUUUACCCAUGCCUAAUGACCGAAUCUGAUCUCACUGCUUCGUUUUAGAUUGCAUCAGGGACUUGCUCUUAGUCGGCUUCAAGAAUAGGAAAGACGACAACAAAUUGGACUAAAUAUUCUUCGUCUGCAACCCGUUACUUAGUAGUGGAUUUUCCUUCCUUCAUAGGGCUUCAAAGGUCGACGACACGAUAUAUUUUAGUUGAUGUUUCAAAGCCGAAUUUCGACUCAUCUAUUUGGGCUUCAUGAGGUGCUUUGUAGACUGAAAAAAGAACACUGAUGUACAUAUUUCAAGUAGGAGGAGAAUAUCUCAUGCAAUUGAUCUACAUGUUGAAAAGUCAGAUAUUCCCUUUCUGGAAUACAUCCUUAUUCCUUCACGAGAGAAGAGCUAGAGUUGUUUCUUAAUGCAAAAGAGCUACUGAUGUUCCAACCUAGAAUUACUCUUUGAUCUAUCAACAUUUGUUGGUCUCAACCAAACAAUCAAUCCACCUCUUAAAUCCGAGUUCAUAGCAAAAAUUCAAUAUGUAAAAUCCAUACUAAUUUUAGAUGCAAUGAAAGUAACACAUAGAAUAUGAAUUAUACAUUUCCUUCAUGAGUCCCCCCAGAUACCUCAUAAACUAAAUGUAGUCUAAUAUUUUUCUCAUCCACAAAUAUAUUAGAUGCAAGAAAUACUGCCUAAAGUAGAGAGAAACCAUUUGAGAUAAAACUUAGCACGUCGCCGUUAUUAUGAGAAAGCCUCGCAAGCUAGUCCUACGGCUACUCCUGCUAACUUGUAUGGAUCAUCCACAUCAAUAUGUAGCUUUGAUGUAGCUAUUGCUUUGUAGUUUGAUUUACCAAUAGAUAUAUUCUUGCUAGCAGUUCUCAUUAGUCAUUACACCACUUACACCCUUGUUUCUUUUGCCACUUGCAAUUAUCGUGACAAGGACCAAAUACCCAUUAGACAUUACCAACAUAAUUUCUUGAAACACCACUUUUCGACUUCUCUAAACGUAGACCAACUACUCUACUUAUGAGCGGUUAGUCUACUCUACUUAUGAGCGGAUAUGAGUGAGUUCCAUCCUUUAUAGAAGAAUAUGUAUCGCAAGGCAUAUCGACGGCUCCUUAGUCGCCAUUGUUGCAGUUGGAAUGAGAGCUCGAGAACCAAAACAUAAAUUCACUAAUCGUUU